AUGGGUUCGUGUUUCUCCAAGCACUCAGAAGAUGAUCUCAAGGCAUCUGCUAGACCUUCUCGGCCUAUGAACCAGCGGGGUGCCGCUAACAAGGUUUCUAACAAAAGCCACACUUCCCUGUCUAAGGCAGGCCAAAGACUAGGUGGUCCAGUGAAUGGAGAACAAGAAGCACAAUCAGAACUGGGCCAAAGCGGGAGAGAGGCAGCAGCUAGAGCAGCAGAGCUUCGGUACAACCAGAAGCAGGAUAAUCUUGCUUCUAGCAAGACCAAAUUGAAGGCUAUGGAGAAGAUAUCGAAGAAGGAUAAGGGAUUGGCAUAA